AUGGUCACCCUGGUCCCAGUCCCAGCCACAUUGCCAAUUCUCUACACUCGCGAACUCCUGGCCGAAAUGGAGCACAUGUUCAACGACCUCAGCAAUGGAACGCAAGCCAACAGCACGAAUGUUGUCACGCUGGACCAGUACCUAGCCUUCUUCAAGGUUACCGAACCGUCAGACUCGGACCAGGGCAACCAAUACGCACAGAGAGUCACAGACAAGUUUCACAUGCACGAUAGGGAUGGGGAUGGAGUCGUGACCUUUGGCGAGAUGAUGAUGCACUGUGAUGAGAGUGGCUGUGAGUGA